GAUUUUGGAGGAGAUGUGGUGAGUCGUUCCUCUCCAACUGAACAUUGGUGCACCACGGUGGCAGAAGAAGUCGGGACCAAAGAGCUGUCCGAAGCCCAAAACGUUUCAGAUGGAGGUGGAUGCAGACGAUAAGCGCCAUCGCACACGCUCCAAAGUGCCUGUGGAUCCAGCAUUAACAGAGCUUUUCAGUGUGUAUGGCUGCCCAGCAGCCAAAAAGAGGAAAAGUCUAGACAGACAAACUCUAGAAACGUCACCGAAGAGGAGCACCUACCUUGAUGACAUGGAUAACUCCACAAUGGAGGAGUGCUACGAGACUGAUGGGACUGAGGAGAUGGAUGACAGGGAGGAAGAGGAGGAAGAGGGAGCCAUAGAAGAAGAGGAGGAAGUGGAGGAGGAAGAGGAAGAUGUAGAAGGCUACAUGGACUAUAAUGUAGAACAAAUGGAGCACGACGACGGCGAGGAGGACAGAAGAGAUGGAGAAGAAGAAGAGGAAGAAGAGGAGGUAGAGGUGGAGCAGGAGGAAGAAGAGGAAGGUGAUGAAGUAAGGGUAGAGGAAGCAGAAGAGGAGGAGGAGGAAGCAAUAGAGGAUGUGGACUAUGAAGACGGGGAGGAGGAGGAGGGAGAAGAGCAUAAUCAAGGGCAAGAGGACGAUCAGAUGAGCACUGGUGAGGGGGAAGAAGAGAACUAUGGCAGAGGAGGCAGCAAUGGCAGUGGAAAAUCUGGCCCUGUGACAGAGAAGGAUGACAACAACAAUGACGAGUAUGAAAACUACGAUGAGCUCGUGGCCAAAUCCCUCCUCAACCUGGGCAAGAUCGCAGAGGAUGCCGCCAACCGCGCCAUGACCGAAUCCGAGAUGAACAGCAACUCGUCCAAUAGCGCUGAAGAUGAUGAGGAGGACGAGGAGGAGGAAGAAGAAGAAGAGGAGGAUGAGGAGGAUGAGGAAGAGGAGGAGGAAGAGGAGGAGGACGAAGAUGAAGAAGGAGAUGAAAGGCAGCGAGAAGAUCUGACUUUGGAUGUUGACAGUGAUGUGGUUCGGGAAACAGUGGACUCCCUAAAACUGCUGGCACAGGGUCAUGGUGCUGUUCUGUCCGACAGCUUAGAUGGGCAGGAGUUUCCGAACAGUACAGUUGGGAUUGGGGAUGGGAAUGACUGUUCUCACAAUGGAGGAAAUACACACAUUGGUGGCAAUGGACAAAUGAGGACCACUAGUAAUGGACAAAUAGAAAACAGUGAUGAGGAAGUAUGUUUAAGCAGUCUGGAGUGCCUAAGGAACCAAUGCUUUGACUUGGCUCGGAAACUAAGUGAAACAAAGCCUCUCGAUCGAAAUGGACCAUCCCAGCAAAAUCAUUUCUCAUGUGGGGACCCCAAUCAACAACCCCAGCAUCACGGCUAUGGAGAUUUUCACAAUAGCCAAGACGAUAGGAGGACACUUGAUAGGAACUAUUCCGAUAUGGACAAUCUCAUGAAGCUUGAGGAGCAGCUAAGCCCACGCUCCAAGGCCUUUUCUAGUUGUAUACAUGAUGAACGAUAUCACACCAACAACCACAGAGAUUUUGAUGAAGACACAGCCUCGGUGACAUCAGACCGAUCAGAGGAAGUGUUUGAUAUGACAAAAGGAAAUUUGUCUCUGCUGGAAAAAGCAAUUGCACUAGAGUCAGAACGCGCCAAGGCAAUGAGGGAUAAAAUGGCAGCCGAGGCAGCGAGAAGGGAUGGAGUGAGGUACACUCAUGAAGACCAUGGCCCACGGCAUGGCUAUGGUAUUGAACGUAAAGCCAGGCUUCCUGAUGGUAUGAAGAAGCCUUUCUUCCAUAAAGAUGUUUCACGUGCAGACAAAAAGGAAAGCAGGUGUCCGACACCCGGCUGUGAUGGCACGGGUCAUGUGACAGGCCUGUACCCCCACCAUCGCAGCCUGUCUGGUUGUCCCCACAAAGACAGGGUGCCACCAGAAAUUGUGGCAAUGUAUGAGAAUGUUCUUAAGUGUCCUACACCUGGCUGCACGGGACGCGGCCAUGUCAAUAGCAACAGAAACUCUCACAGAAGUCUAUCAGGAUGUCCAAUCGCUGCAGCAGAGAAGCUGGCAAAAGCCCAGGAGAAGCAUCAGAGCUGCACUGGCCCGAAGUCUAACCAGGCAUCUGACAGAGUCUUAAGGCCUAUGUGCUUUGUCAAACAACUGGACUAUCCACAGUAUGGUUACAAGAACAAUGUUUCCACCAGCACGCCCCGCUCUAACCUGGCCAAGGAACUGGAGAAGUACUCCAAGACCAGCUUCGACUACAGCGCUUUUGAUGGCAGCAACAACCACCAGGUGUAUGGGAAGAGGGCCAUUGCACCCAAAGUUCACGGGCAAAGGGACGCCUCUCCAAAAGACUAUGAUGCCAAACGAUACUGCAAGAACUCCAGCUCGGCCAGCAGCACCACCAGCACCUACGCCCCCAGCAGCAGCAACAGCAGCCUGAGCUGUGGAGGUGGUGGAGGGGGCGCGGGAGGAGGCGGAGGUGGUGGGGGCAGCAGCGCCAGCAGCACAUGCAGCAAGAGCAGCUUCGACUACAGUCACGACAUGGAGGCCGCCCACAUGGCGGCAACCGCCAUCCUCAACCUCUCCACGCGCUGCAGGGAGAUGCCCCUCGGGAUGGGAGGGAAGCCCCAGGACCUGUGCUCACAGAGUCCCGGUCUAGAUGUUGAUGAGAAUGGUACGUUGGACCUGAGUAUGAGCAAGAGUCUGUGCGUCGGAGGUGCAGGGGACUCUGUGCUCACCCCACUAGAACCCAUGUCCCCCCAGAGACAAGCCGCCCUGCUUGGCUCCCGCUGCUAUGGCAUGGGGGACGCCGCAGACUGCUGGGACCUGCCUGUAGACUACACCAAGAUCAAACACAUAGACGAGGACGAGAAAGAGCCUGAUGACCUGGAUCCUUUCCAUGACCUGCUGGAGGAUCGCUACACAGAUGUUAGCAUGCCCAGCCCCAAGCCCAAGUAUGUCCAGUGCAAGGAGAGUAAAAAGGACCUGAUAACUCUCUCAGGUUGUCCUUUAGCAGACAAAAGCAUUCGAAGUAUGCUGGCCAACAACGCACAAGAGCUCAAGUGCCCGACACCAGGAUGUGAUGGUUCAGGACAUAUCACCGGCAACUAUGCCUCACAUAGAAGUCUUUCAGGGUGUCCGCGGGCCAGGAAAAGUGGGAUAAAGAUCAUCCACAGCAAAGAAAAUAAGGAGGACCAGGAGCCCAUCAGGUGUCCAGUCCCAGGGUGUGAUGGUCAGGGACAUGUGACGGGGAAAUAUGCAUCUCACAGAAGUGCAUCGGGAUGCCCGAUAGCAGCCAAAAGACAAAAAGACGGCUACCUAAAUGGCAUUCAGUUCACAUGGAAGUCCGGAAAGACAGAAGGCAUGUCCUGCCCGACACCAGGCUGCGACGGCUCGGGGCACGUCAGCGGCAGCUUCCUGACACAUCGAAGUCUAUCAGGUUGUCCACGUGCCACCUCCGCCAUGAGGAAAGCCAGGCUCUCAGGAGUAGAAAUGCUAACAAUAAAGCCACAACGUGCCAGCAAUGGGCUGGAGCAUGAAGAGGAGAUCAAACAGCUGGAUGAAGAAAUCAAAGAUUUAAGUGAAUCCAAUUCACAAGUGGAGACAGACAUGAUCAAACUUAGAACGCAGAUCACAACAAUGGAGUCCAGCUUGAAGUCCAUAGAGGAGGAAAACAAGAAACCUCUGGCAGACAAAGAGCUUCCUCUGAGGAAUAACAGCUGCUUACAAAUGCACCAGCAAGAGUCCUUAAGUGAGCAGAACUUUGACGCCUACGUCACCACCCUGACAGACAUGUACACAAACCAGGACCAGUACCAGAGUGCAGAAAACAAAGCCCUGCUGGAAAACAUCAAGCAAGCAGUUCAAGGGAUCCAAGUGUAACCACUCAGCAACGGGGGGGCUUUGGUUCCCCCUGACAUAAGGAGACGCAUGCAGUGAUGGUUUAACCUCCUCGGUUCGGUGCAGUAAUUUAUAUAGUGUUAUAUAUUCUAAAUUUUGUUCUUUGAAGAAAAAGAGGUAUUAUGCUUAGGAAGACCUCCAGAUUAUUUCUUCUUUUCGUUUCUUUUUGGGCCUUGCUUCGAGGAGGAACAUAAAGGAGUCAAAUCGCAAAAUAGUUUUUGAGGACAUUCACAUUUUGUACGUUUUCAUAUGAGCUGACAUAGUGUCAUGUAACGUUUCUAGCUGCUCAUGUAUGCACAUUUUUAGUGUAUAUUUCUGAACAGGAAGCUAAUGAAAACGGAGGUUCUUUUUAUUGCUCGACAACAAAGCAUUUUAGAUUUAAAAAAAAGUGAACAG